AUGGCAGCAGCUUCAGAAGUAAGAGGAGCAAACAAGAGACGGGUCCGUCGACGCAGACAGGACAAGCCAGCGCUGGCGGCGCGUUUGGUGCUUGAUGACCAUGUCAAGAGUGAUGUGGGCAUUGUGUCGGAGGACUUGUACGCAGAGUUGUUUCCGCAUUUGCAGCAUGCCCACGAAGACGAAGACCACCACCCCCCUUUCGUCCACGUCGCCAUCGCCCCCUGGGCACCAACCCCCACCCCCGAAGCCAUCAACUGGUCAAUCGUCCCCGUCACAAAAUCCUCGGCCCUCGCCCCAAACACGGUCCAGUUUGCCCCCUCGUCCCUCGCCCUCCAGUCCUUCGCCAUCAACCUCAAGCAAGUCGCGCCCUCGCGCCUGUCCAGCCACAGCAGCAGAAGCGGCAUUGAGGUUUUGGUUCUAGACGUCACCGCGAUCGCCCUCGACACCGUGUUCGUCAGCCUAGAAGGGGAACUAGCCAACCGACUGGAGAACGGCGAGGGCACCUUCUUCAGAGACCACCGCCCCUCCAAGGGCAAGGUCACCUCCUCCGCGGGCGGCGCAACCCCCACCCCCGAGGACCGUCUCACGGCUGCGUUGCGCACGGCGCUUGAUACGCUAAAGGUGGUUCACACGGGGGAUAUGUUCCCGCUGCCACUCCCCCCUCACCCCGUCACCCACAUCCCGCCCAACCCCGGCAGGAUUGCACUGUGCGAGCCCGUCGGUCAGGGGAUUCUCGCGCCUAGUACCAAGAUUAUUGUCUCGCGCGGGAGGAUUCACUCCAAGCACAACCGCUCGUCCGCUCCACCGAUGCCGAGCACCCGGAUCGGUGGCGUGACCGAGGAGGAUGAGGAUACGUCCAAUGAUCAGUUUUACUCGGCAGCUGAGGAGGGCGCUCGCACAGAUGCCCGGGUGGAGGAGGACGGGGAUACCGAAACCGAAGUGGAAGAAGCCGAGGACGAAGAGGAAGAUGCAUUCGGCAUCGGCACGCCCACCACCAUUGGGGGUCGAGGCCGCAAGACCAACGGCAUGAGCAGCGCUGUGUCUGUCUUUUCCAGCUUCACCGCCGCAACCGCCCGACCCGACCGUCCCCGCGGUAGGCUGUUCAAAGCUCACGGUCUGGUCCAGCCUGUGCCUCCUGAGGUCCUGCAUCCGAAACCUGCUCCCGAAGAUGAUGAAGAAGCGCGGAUCUACGUCGACGUGAGGGAUCUUCCCCGGAUUGGGUGUUUUUCGGGGGAUUGGGUCAGGGUUGAGGCGGCGCAGGAGCCGCGUUCGAACGGGUUUGGGCAGUUUGGGCUGGGGAGCUUUGUUGACGCAGCCUCUGAUGAAAUCCAGUGGAGACCGGCGAGGGUGUAUGGGUUGCCGGAGGGGUAUUCGUCCAGGCCUGUGGCACGAGUGCCGAGCUCGAAACAGGAGGGGAGGAGGAUGUUCGUUUUUCGAGAGCCAGGUUCAGAAGGGGGGGGGCGGGACGGGGCCGGGGGUCCGCCGGCGGCGAGGGAGGUGAUUUUGCAGCAUGUCAGGACGCCGGUGGCGGUGGAGAGGGAUGUGCAGACUGCCGUGAUGGCGGGGCUGAAGUUUUGGUUUGAGAGGAGGUUGAGGGUGGUGAAGGGGGGGGAUCUGAUUGCUGUGCCGAUUGAUACGCAGCUUGGGAGGACGCUGCAGGAGGGGACGAUGACGGGUGGUGGGGAAGGGGAAAGUGCGGUCGAUGACGUGCUGGGGCUGAUUGCCUCGAGGAGGACAGACCACCACAGCCUCAAGUAUGACGAGGUGGCGUGGUUUAGGGUUGGGCAUGUGUCGGCUGCGAAGCAGGAAGUUGGUGCGGAGACGAUGGGGGAGGAGGAGGAGGUGGGGGAGGAGGAGGAUCCCUGGGGGGGGGUGGCUUGUGUGGAUAUCUCGCUGGCGCAUUUGGAGCAGACGGGGUCGACGACGAGUCGGAUUCCGGGGAUUGUGGGUAGUACUUGGAGGUAUUAUCUUGGAAUUGAUAAGUUGCCCAGACAGCCGUCCUCUCACGCCGGCAGCCCGUUGGUGAUUGCGCCGGAGAGGACGGCGGCUGUCUCCCCUCUGAGGAGGAAACUGAGGGAGUUGAUGGCUGCUGCUACUAGCAAGCCGGCGCUUCAUCUCAAGAUGCCACCCGUGGCUAUCCUUCUUGUCUCUACCCAGCGCGCCAUCGGGAAAGCCUUCACCGCGUCGCAAGCCUGCGCCGAUAUUGGGCUGCACACCUUUGCCGUUGACGCCUACGACAUCGUCAACGACUCCGGCGCUGGCGGGAGCGACGUCAAGACUGCUGGGUUUCUGACAUCGAGGGCGGAAAGAGCGAUGAGCUGCGGCCCGGAUUGCUGCGCGCUGCUGGUUAGGCAUAUUGAAGCUCUGACGGCGGACAGGAUGGUGACCAGCAUCAGGGAGGUGCUUCAAGAUGCGAGGGUGCUGAUCGCCACCACGACCGAGGUGGAGAAGGUGCCUGAUGGGAUUAGGGCGCUGUUUACGCACGAGCUGGAGAUGACUGCGCCCGACGAGGGAGAGAGGGAGGCGAUUCUCAGGACUAUUCUGGACAACCAGGGUGUUGCUCUCGACCCCGAGGUUGAGCUCGGCGGGAUAGCGCUCAAGACUGCUGCGCUGGUGGCGGGGGAUUUGGUUGAUGUUGUCGAGCGAGCCCUGGUUGCCCAGAAGGCGAGGCUGGAGGCCUUGUCGGCAAAGGCGUCCAAGAACGAGGGCGUGCCUGUCACGGUCCGGGACGUGAAAGUAGCUGGUGGGCCGGCGGCGCAGGGGCUGACAAAGUCUGACUUUGAGGUUGCGGUCGAGGCGGCACGGAAGAACUUUGCGGAUGCGAUUGGGGCGCCCAAGAUCCCGAAUGUGACUUGGGAUGAUGUGGGCGGGUUGAAUAAUGUGAAGGAGGCGGUGACGGAGACGAUCCAGCUGCCGCUGGAGAGGCCGGAGCUGUUCGCCAAGGGGAUGAAGAAGAGGUCUGGCAUCUUGUUUUAUGGUCCGCCUGGAACGGGCAAGACGCUGCUUGCAAAGGCGAUUGCGACGGAGUACAGUUUGAAUUUCUUCAGUGUCAAGGGGCCCGAGCUGUUGAACAUGUAUAUCGGUGAGAGCGAGGCUAAUGUCCGGAGGGUGUUUCAGCGGGCGAGGGACGCGAGGCCGUGUGUGGUUUUCUUUGACGAGUUGGACUCGGUGGCGCCGAAGAGGGGGAACCAGGGAGAUAGCGGUGGUGUGAUGGAUCGGAUUGUCAGUCAGUUGCUGGCGGAGCUGGACGGGAUGAGCGGGGGGGAUGAGGAUGCGGGGGGGGUGUUUGUGGUGGGAGCGACGAACAGGCCGGAUUUGCUGGACCAGGCGCUGUUGCGGCCGGGGAGGUUUGACAAGAUGCUUUACUUGGGGGUGUCGGAUACGCAUGAGAAGCAGAUGAAGAUUAUGGAGGCGCUGACGAGGAAAUUCACCCUCCACCCCUCAGUCUCCCUCCGCAACGUCGCCGAGCGGUUGCCGUUCACUUACACCGGCGCCGACUUUUACGCCCUCUGCUCAGACGCCAUGCUCAAGGCUGUAACAAGACAGGCUGCCCUCGUUGAUAAGAAGGUCAAGGCUAUCAACACGGAACGUCAAGCGCAGAAUCAACCUGAGAUCACCACCGCUUACUUCUUUGACCACUUCGCCACGAAAGAAGACGUUGCGGUCAUGGUGACGGAGCAAGACUUCCUUGACGCGCACAGUGAGCUUAUUCCCAGCGUCAGUGCUGGGGAGCUGGAACAUUACGAAAAGGUCAGGGCUACGUUUGAGGGGGUGAAGGACAAGAAGGAGACGACGACGCAGCAGCAGCAGCAGCAAAACGGGAGGUUGGCUGUGGGGAAGAGGAGUGCCAGUGAUCGGAGUGUGGUUGUGCAUAGGGGUAAGGGGAAAGGAAAGGGCAAGGCGGUGGCGACGGGGAGUGAGGAGGAUGAGUGUGAUGAUGGGGAGGGUGUGAAUGGUGGUGGGUAUAGGGAUAAGGGGAAGGGGAAGGCGGUUGAUGUUGGUGGUGGGAGUGGUGCGCCGUUUUGGGGGCAGGGGCAGGAUGAUGACGAGGGGUUGUAUGACUGA